ACACCCCCGCAAUAACAACAAAGUGGACUGAUCCGGUUAUGGUAAUUUGUCAAAAUGGCGGCACCCAAGUUCGUCUCCGAGCCCACCACCUACGAGAAUCCUGCUAAUUUUGCCUUAUAAGUUUCACCAUGGCCUCGGUGACGAUGCUGAGAGAAAGCGCAGGAUCUGAGGGAUCGGUGAACGUCGGACCAGAGCUGGCUGGUGAUCUCUCCGCCGAACAGACGGACCGUCCCGCUGGCCAAGCCCAGGUGAUGGCAUCCCAACCUGAACAAAAGUCAGACUCGGGGGUGAACAACAGCCCUAGUGGUCCUGACUCCGCUCUGGCACAGCAACAAGCCGACUUCAUUCUGGGCCAGUCAGAAGCGGACCCCAGUUUGAGACCAGUGGUGAAUGCCUCGUCUGUGUCGACCCCAGGACUCCAGCAGGGCGUGGUCCCAGUCCACCUGAGCCCAGGUGUGACCAUCCUACCAGGUGUGGCGAACAACGCUGGGCUCAUCACCAACUCUGUGGAACAUGAGCAGAGGAGGUACAGGAAGAGGGCAGUGCAUAAUGAAGUUGAGAGAAGAAGAAAGGACAAGAUAAAUGCAGGUAUCCUGAGGAUUGGAGAACUUCUCCCCUGCACACAGCAGGAAAAGCAAGUUGUGAGUAAGCGAGGCAUCCUUGACAAGGCCUAUGACCACAUUGUGAAGCUCAGUAAGGAACAUGAGCACAUGCUGAUGAAUGGAGGCUCACCCGUACAAGCCAUGGAGAUCCGGAGACUGAGGGAACAGAUUAACGAACUGACAGUGGAGAAGGAGAGGUACGAGAAAGUGCUGGAUAUGCACGGGAUCUCCGUCAGCCAAGACCCCACCCUGAUGUGGAAGGGCAAGACCAAGGCAGUCAGUCCCGCAGGGCCGUAUAAGUCCGUCGCGCCGCUGGUCAUCCGUCACAUGAAGACAGAGGGCCAACAAGUCGCAAUAGGCAGUGCAGGAGUCAGUCCGUUAGCUAGUGGACUGAAUACGCUGGCAAGCAGUAAGGUAGGGGAGAUCCCGCUUGUACAGGCACCCAACGGACUGCAACAGGCAGUCCAUACAGGGAUGUCUGGACUUCUGAUGACGAAGCCAGCAGCCAGUUCGUCUGUGGUCAGCCAGCAAGUUCCUGUGGGACAGACUGUGGUCAAUCAGGCUGGGGGGCUGGUCAACCUGGUCCAAGUCCCAACGCCAGCAGUCAAAGUCUUCCCUUCCGUCGUGGGGAGUUCAGCGGGGCCCGGAGCCCUUCAGGUCAACCCUACAAUCAACACAGCAAACAUGGCGCUGGUGUCGCCACUUUUGAGCGCCGGGAGUGGAGCGGUGCUUGGCUCGCAGCCCUGCGCCUCCACCGUACAGACUAGCGUGGCAAAAGUUCCACAAAAUGCAGUGCAGAGUGGCAUGACGCCCGCAGUCAUCCCAAUCCUAGGUAGCGUACCGAAUGCCUCUGUGGGCACGUCCCAUGCAUUGAACACCCCGUCGUCGGUAUCUCCGUAUCUCAUACAGCCACAGAACUCUCUACUGGGACAGAACAUGCUGGGUACAAACUCUGUUCUGGUCAACACAGCUUCCCAAGUGGGGGGUGUCCAGAACCCUGGCUAUGUAACUGUCACCGUCAUGCCAAACAACAUGCCCAGCGUGCAGGAGGUACCUGGCAAUGGGCAGCCAGUUCUGAUGCCAGCGGGUCAGGUGGGGAACCCGGGUCUGUCUGCCAACCAAAUCCAGUACCUUCCCACGGGGAUUCCCCAGAACAUUCAAGGCUCUGUGAACCAAAUGAGCGCGACGGAAACGAUUCAUCAAAACCAGCAGUUUUCCAACAUGCUUGGUACUCAGAACGUGAACGCUGUCAGCAUGCUUCCCGUAAGUGCCUGUACCAACCUCACCAAUGUGUCCCAGAGCACUGCCGUGCCAAGACUCUCCACCGGGAUCACAAAUAGCCUGACUUCCCCUGUUCUGAAUAACGUCACAAAGCCGGUCACAAGCAUGGUUUGGUCCACCACAAGUGUUCCCAGAUCUGGAGGGCCCAACAAUAUCCAGGUGCCGGGAGUGAACGGCAUGCAGGUGGUCGCCGGUCCGACCAUCAACUCCAGCGGGACCCUGAAGCUUCCUCUGCCCAGUAACCCCAACGUGGUGCCCAACAUGACGGGGCCCAUGUUCACCAUCCUGCAGGGGCCCGGCAACCAGAUCAUCCUCAUGCCCGUGGUCACCAGCGCGGGGUCGGGGACCAGUCUUCCUCAAGCUUUGUCGUCUUCCAGCAGUGACAGCAAGAAAAAGUCAUCAAAGAAGUCCAGCAAGAAAAAGGCCCCGAAAAGUGCUGAAAAGGGGGCAAAAGCAACAGACUCUAGCACACAGAGCAAGCAGAAGAAUAAAGUGGCUUGUUCCACACAAAAUGGGAAACAGACAACACAUGCAGGGCUAGUAAAAUCCUCUACAACUGUAGAUAGUCAAGCAAUAAUGCAGUCUGGAGGUACAACUUUAGUGAACCAGUCCCCAAGUCAGGCCACUCCAGUCAUGUCGCUGCCAAAUUCUUCGGGAACCACUCAUGUGAACACAACAGCUACAGUUGGGACUUCAACAGUGACAUCUACCCCUUACCUCCUACCACACCCAGGCAUGCAGGCACAAGUGCCUCAUGCGUCUCUACCAGUGAACAUUAUCAAUCCAACAUCUUCCAUGGCAUCAACAUUGGCCAAUGUAAGCUCGGGUAGUCAGACUGUGGCAACACCGAGUAAUCCGUCUCUUUCGGCUGCAGCUGGCCCGCAGGUGUCCUCAGGCCAGGCCCCUCUGAUGUUCCCCGCCGUCUCCCCCCUGCAGCUGCCGUGCCCUGUAAACCACACCUCCGUCGUGCCAACACCCACAGCUUUCCUCACCAACCAAAGCUCGCAGUUCAACCAAAACCUCAACAAACUCGGCGGUGGGGGAGCCGUGCAGGUGCCUGUCGGUGGGGGAGUGCAGUUACUCUCUCUCCCCUCAGUGAGUAACCCAAUGGUGCCAUUUAACAAUCCCCUCCAAGUGAACACAACUCAAACUGCAACUGUUGGUACCAGCCAGAACACACAAGACAUUCUUGCAAAAGCUGCGGAGUCCAUAUUUUCAGCACAGUCUCCUGAUCUGUCGUCGCCAUCCGAGCAGCCUCUGUUCAGCAGUCUCCAGGUGUCACAAGCCUGCUCAACUUCAGCUCCUACAAAUUCAGGCCAGCAAACCUGUAAUGUUGCCAUGAUUUCAACUAAUUCUCAGAAUAUAGGUGUCACAACAUCUUCAAACAGUAAAAGCCAGUAUCACAUUCUAACUCAUGCUGCUGGAAAUGCUGAACACAAUAAGAGAACAGAGUUGGCUGAUCACCAUCCUACCAGUCAUCUGGCCUGUAGGCAAGGUCGUGAAACUGCACCACAGAGUUUAGGAACAUCAAUGCCAUUUAUGGGUAACAAACAACAUCACAUUGGCCUGCAAGGCAAUGCCUUGAGUUUUAGUGGUGCCCAAAAUAGUGGAGUCGUAGAAUUAAGCAAUGUGAACAGCCAGGUUACUGAUUCCGCUGCAAUGCAACAACAGAGACACAGCAGCGGGCACCAUGUUGGCCUUCCCAAGCAAGUGUCCACUCCUCACACUGCAGUCUGCCCUGUGCCCAUGCCAUCAGGUAAGUCCAGAACAAAAGCAAAAGCAAAGCCAAGUGAAGGGAGCAAAGCAAAGGCAAAGGAAAGGAAAGGCAAAAGUGCUGGUUCUAACAAGUCUCAGGCAAAGGGUAACUCCACAAGCUUAACCUCUACUUGUAAGGGAGGCAUUGCACCAUCAGUGUCAGCAGCUUCUGAAGGCACUGUCACAACUUCCAAGGACUCAAGAAGUACUGAUAUGCAAGGACUAUCACAAGCAAAUGUAUCAGCAAUAGGUAGCAACAGUAACAAUUCAGUUAGAGAGCAGACCUCUGCUGUAUUCAGUACAAAUGCCCCAGUUGGGCUGAUUCCCUCUCCAGUCCCAAUUCCUGCGCAGCUGUCCAAGACUGCCACCCCCAUCAGCAGUGUGGUUACCCAGGCCCAGGGCAGUGCAGGAACUCCAUCUCAGGGUAGAACUGUGGUGCAACCAAGAACACCAACCAAGAACAGCAGGCUGAGCUACUCAGCGGAGGCUCUGAUAGGAAAUACCGCCUCUGGACCUCCCCCUGGUCAGGAAACACCCCAAUCUAAUGCAGAGAAAACAGUGCCUAGCCCGCAUGGGACCCCAAAAAGGCCACCCAACUCCCAGUACAACAACCUCAGACCAGAAGCAACCAUUGCCAGAUCUGUGAUUUAUUCUCCGGAAGUGCAAUCAGGAAAAACACCAGGACAGACUCAUGCGCAGAAUGUGACAAACCCUGUGGAGGGGCAGGGGAGGGACCCUGUGCCUUCUUCUCAAGCUGGUGGUUUUCUGUACGUUCCUUGGUUAAAUAGACCCACCACAACAAAUCAUGGUAAUCAAGCCUCAACAAGACCAUCAUCUUCCUCCACAACAUCAACUGUAAAUGCAAAAUCUUCCGCAGGGACCAGGCCGCCACCCGUCCCUCCUGCUGUAACAUCCACAGUGCAGAAAUCACCCACCUUUUCAUUCUUCCCUCUUCAGCCUGACCUUUUCAACCAGACUCCUCAAGCUGCUGGAUACUUUCCUCCACCAACAGCAUCCUCAAAAAGCUCCAAAACAUCCAUGCCACCACCGAACAUCACUCCAACUUCACAUCUCAUCCAAAACAAGGAUAUCAGCAGCAUUAGGCCCGCUGAUUCUGCCGACCGAGUCGGACCCCAGUCAGCUGCAGGAAGGUGGGACGGAAGGAAUAUCUCCUCACUGCUGAGCCCAAGGCUUCAUCCGCACUCUCACCAGCACUCUCGUUCCGAGCAGAACACCUCUCCGGCAACGUCUGACGCAUCCAGGCUGUUGACGGGAUCAAAAUCACACGGCAGCAUUCCUGCAACUGGAGCAAGUACUGUAUCCUGGGGGAACCAGGGUCUCAGCCAGAGGAUCCAAAAUCAGACCAACAGCACCAUAGAAAGCCAGAAAUCACAGCAGCCUGUCGGACGUGAGGGUGGUCCUAUGCGACAAUUGAACAGUGUUGACUGCAGGACUUCAUCAAACCCCAGCACACAGUUGAUGGCAAGUGUCCAACAACAGAGAACAGUGGAGACCAAUGACCAACGGGUGCCUGCGGUCCCACGCCGGGGAGGAGAAUCCAGGGUCAACACACACAGCGGCCGGUCAGAACAAAUGGAGCCUCCGCAGAGACAGGACAGACCAAGACCGUCGCCUCAGGGCACCGUAGGAAGACAGGGACCAGCCAAGACCAGGAACAAUCCUUGGCAGGGGGAUCAACAGAGCCCUGCCCAGGCAAAUGGUCAUGAAGUUGCAACAUCACAAACUAGUCCUCGCUUGCCGGUCCAGAGCCCCCAAAGAACUCAUGCUGAUACCCUAUCAGGUGGUAGGGUUGUUCAGCAGGCUGGUAGACCUGAUACUGCACAGAACAUGGCAGGGAGGCAGAUCCAAAUUACCGAACAACAAGCAUCCAGUCCACGAACGGCCACUGCAAAUGUGACCAGGAACCCUCAAAGCUUUGUGGCAACUCUUGGACAUCCUACAAACAACAACAGCAUCGACCGCUCCCCUAGGCACCACAACGGGCCCAUGUCAGUGGAGCCCGAGUCUCCUUCCUUCUCAAACCAAAGGCCCAGCUCGGGAGAGAGCCAGGCUGCCAGAAAGAACAAAAGGCAACGGGAAGCUGAGGAACAACAGCCAAAGAGACUCAAGCCUACGGACAAUAAUCAGACCAUGAGAAGUAGCCAGCCAGUAUCAGAAGGGAACAAUAGCAGACAAAAGAAUUCAGAGAGGCCAAUGACUUGGACAAUAGUUCACAGAGAAGCUGCGGGAACGCAGGCAGGAUCUCACCAUAUAGUACCGCAGCCCAUGCAAGACUUAAACGGUGUGAGAACAUCUGCUUCUGACGUGAACCAUGGGCAAGUUGUGAACGGUCACGGCAGGGAACAUCUCCCACCGCCGCACCCGCCAAGGCUGGCAACUUCUCACGACUUCUUCAACCCGGCCUUCAACAUCCACCCCAGGGGCCAGGACAUGCACAGGCACAACAUCCAGCCCAGGGCCCCGUUUCCCGGCCCCGACUUCCAGAGAGAUGGCCGGCCACAUGGCACUGCGCCUUCCACACAACAUAAUCCUCAGUCAAACCUCAACACCUCGGCUUCCUUUCUUCCGGGUAUGCCAACACCGGCGUCAGAGGCGAGUCGCCCACACAGCCGAGCUCACGAGGUGAGCCAGUUCUACACCAACUUCAACCCACCCAAGCAGGUCCAUGGAGAUGUUCCCCUGCCUACUUACCUUCCCAACCAGGUGCUUGCGUCACAGCCCCCGCGUCUUCCUGAGGGCCGUGCCGAAAUUGCAACCCCGUUUAACCCCUUCUCACCGCCCAGACCCGCAGGGUUACCCUUGAACUUCUCCCAGAACUUCCCAGUUGUCCCAGACGGGAACAUCCCACGUACCACCUUCAACCUCCCCCCUGCGGUGACCAGCGGCCCCCCCGCCAACACCCUCGUCAACUCUCUACCUCCCCCUCCCCCACCCAUCACUCCCCACGUGCCUAACUUCGGCAUGUUUCCCGAGGUCCCCCACAACGUGGCAGGACCGCAGAACGACAACGCAGCAGCCCUGGGUGUGCCCCAGCUGCCCUUCCACACCAGCCCCAUGCUGAGCCAGGCGCACGGCGACCCGCACCACCCGGGCCUCAGGACGGGACCCCUCAUAGGGGCGCGGGCCAAGGAGAGCUUCAUGCACAGCGCCAUGAGCAUACAGAACAUCCUGGGGAAGGGUCAGCACCCUCCGCUGGAGGACCCAGCGGCCAUGAACCACGGGAUCGGUGCGGGGAUGGGACCUAGUUAUCACACAUCUGCAUUCAGCAAUGCCGUCCACGCCUUCAACUUUCCCCCUCCAUGA